CUCACAUCCUCGGAGGGGCUCGGUGGGAGACGCCGUGUCGCUCGCUCGCUCGCCCGCCCGCCCAGCGGCACGGAGACGCGGUGGAGGAGGACACAGGGGCCGAGACACGCGAGAAGGAGGGGGAAGACCUCGAGCGACUUGCACCACAGCCGCCCACGAGAGAGAAGACGCUCGGACAGGAGUCUGGAGCGUCGCGCGCGGCGAUUAGAGUCACCGGUGCCACGAGAGCCACUGCCCCACCCCCCCUCCCCCCCGCACGAGGCGCCGGCCGGAGAGCACGCACGGCCAUGCUGAUGAUCGAGAAGAUGCCCGCUCGCGUGAAGACGGAGCCUGGCGACACCGACGCGAUGAUGAACAACUACGUGUCCCACGUUCAUCCCGACGCGUACUCCGCCUUCAAGCGGGACGCGAUGGAUGCGCAGGAGCAGCCGCUGAACCUGACGGUGAAUAAGCAGCGGAGCUCCGGCGGCGCCCACGGCUCCCCGCCGCCGUCGGGCGGCCCCCGCCACCCCCGCGCCACCCACGCGCCGCCGCUCUCCGUCAAGUCGCGCUCCGUGGACGACGCGUCGCUGUCUCGCCACGGCCUCCACGGCCUGGCCCUGAGCCAUGGCCUCAACCUGAACCACAGCCUCAACCUGAACCACAGCCUCAACCUGAACCACGGCCUCAACCACGGCCUAAACCACGGCCUCUUCAUCGGCCACGGCCACGCUCAGUCGGUGCUGCAGUCUCACUCGACGACGCGUGGCGGCUCCUCCUCCUCCUCGUCCUCCUCCUCCCCGCCGACCUCGUCGGGGGGCCGCGCGCGGACGAACCCGGCGCCGUCGCCGUCCCCACCGCCGCCGACCCACCAGCUGGUCCCGUACCCGGCCGCCUCCGGCCUGGGCUCCGCGCGGAGCUCGCCCUCGCGGCCCGUCACGUACCCGUCGGGGGGCGGCCCGCACGACCUCUACUCCUCCUCCUACCUCCUCGCGUCCGCGGAGCCCGGCGGGGGGGGCGGCGGUGGGGGGGCGGGCGGCCCCCCGCCUCCCUCGCACCUCCUGCAGGGUUUCUCACUUCCCGUGUCCACGCUGCUGCCCUCGGGCUCCCUGCUGUCCGCCGCGCCGCCCGGCUCCCAGCAGGGCUACCUGCAGGUGGUCAACCCCAUGGGCGGCGGGCCGGGCCACGCGAUCCAGCUGGCCGUCAUCUGCACGCCGGUGCCGGCGCACGCCGGCCACCCGGGCCACUCGGGCCACCCGGGCGGCGCGCUGGACCACGGCAUGCGGCACCUCCCCCACCACCCCGCGGCUUUGCCGUACCACCACGCGGGCCACCACCACGCGGGCCACUACGUCGGAGAGUACGAGCUGCCGAUGGACCCGUUGCUGCCGGCGAGCCAGCUGGGGGUGCACGAGGCCAAGGGGCAGCUCAAGACGUCCCAGUCGGUGGACUCGGGGCUGGACCUGUCGCCGCGCGUCAAGCGCGAGAGCGAGAGCGACGUGGGCUCCGACGUGGACGACGUGGACGACGUGGACGACGAGGACGAGGAGAGUGCCUCCACCGACGGCCUGCACCGAUCCUCGCCGAGAGGGGCCGCGGGCGGCUUGCUGGAGCUCCAGCGCCACGGGUCAGGCUCCCCGCUGGUGACCCCGCGGACUAAGCGUGCGCGCGACUGCGACUCGCCGGACUCGGCGCGCCGCAAGCGAGUCCACCGCUGCGACUUCGACGGCUGCAACAAAGUUUACACCAAGAGCUCGCACCUCAAGGCUCACCGCCGCACGCACACCGGCGAGAAGCCCUACCGCUGCACGUGGGACGGCUGCACGUGGAAGUUUGCGCGCUCGGACGAGCUGACGCGGCACUACCGCAAGCACACGGGCGUGAAGCCCUUCAAGUGCGUGGACUGCGAGCGCUCGUUCUCGCGCUCCGACCACCUCGCGCUGCACCGCAAGCGCCACAUGCUGGUGUGACGAGCGUGGCCCGCUCCACCCGACCGCCGCCGCCACCACCACCAUCCCACCCCCUCCCGCCACCACACGUCCCCCCCCCCCCCGUACCCCCAAGCCGAGGGGGUGAGGGCCGGGGUGCGUGGCGAAGAACAAAAACAACCAAGAAGAGAAAGAAGAGUAAACAAAUGUGGGACGCAAAAAAAAAACAUUUCCCGUAACGCCCGGAUUGUGGCGUCAGAGCAAGGUGUUCAGCUGGACUGAACGACGGGUCGGCGUCCGUGAGACCCUCCUGCUCCUCUCUGGAGGAGUGAACGGUUGGUGUGUGUGUGUGCACGCGCGCGCCUCGCGUUUGCGUCUUUGUACGUGUGCCUUAUUAGUUGAUUACCUCUGCCUGACACUGGGUGGCAGUGCGUGUGGCUGGGAGGUGGCUCGGUAGUUGACCACGCCAACUCCCCGUCGGUUGCUGUGCGGAGCUCGAUACUCGGUGCCCGCUAACAGCGCUCGCCCCCGGCGAGUCUGUAAAGCUUCUGCGGGGUGGGUGGGUGAGGGUGGUAGAUUUGUGCCUGCGUGCGAGUUGACGACGAUUCCGUCCAUCGCUUUCUCUCCGCCCCCUUCCACUCCCCGUGCUGCCAGUGGCUCGGCCUCGUUGUCCCCCCAACCUCCUCCACCUCCUCCAAGCUGGUGCAGCAGGAGCGGGGUCCCGGGCGAGGCUGAGUGGGCGUUGUUUGUUGGUGUUGUUGCUUUGCGCUUUGUACGAUGCUAUUAUUAUUAUUACUACGAAGGAGGGGGGAGGGCGUUUCGAGUUUUUUUGUUUUUGUUGGGAAAGGUGGGGGGCACGUUCCUGCCCCCCCCCCUCCCAACACCCCCAACCGGCUUUCAGUUGGGGGAAUCUUCAUGUGCACAUGUAUAGUGGGAGCUGUAAUGUACAGGGGAGAGCUGUAAUGUAUAAUAAUAAUGUUAAGGGAGAGCUAUAAUCGAUUGGGGGGGGGGGCGUGUGUACUUGGGGGGUAGGGAGAUGGAGUGGGUGUGUGUACAUUGGAUUGAGAGUGAUUUUUUUUUUUUUCUGGGAGAGAGAGGCAAGGGGCAGGUUGAAUCCACUGCUGUCGCCGCUUGGGAGGGGAAUGACCGUAGAUCAAACGAGGGACAUCCCCCCCACACCCACCAACCCCGCGCACACACACACAUGCACAUCCAGGGUUUACGAUGCACAUUGUGCUCAUGCGGCGAUCUGACACCGGAAGGAGUUGGGAUAUUCUGCUGCUCUUGUCCCAUUUUCCUCAUCUCUUUUUUUUUGUUAAGUCGUCGUGUUUGAACACCGAGCACCUCAGUCUGUGUGCAGUCAACGGUGGGUGGGAUAAGAGAUGGGGCAAGGACGUGGGGGGUGGUGGCGGGGAGGGGGGCACGUGGGGUCCCCGGAGCCGGAGUAAAUUUCGCCAAAACAAAUUCCUCGCCACGCAGGUGGAGGAGCCGCGUCUUGGCUCUCUGCCAUCUCCCCCCUCACCUCGUCAGCGGAGGCCGACCUCCCGUGGUGGGGGGGGGGGGGGGUGUGCCCCGACUCCUCCACCGUGGUCAGGACACGGCUCGGAGACCCCCGCCACCACCACCAGACGUGGCCAGGAGACGCUCGUGACAAUUUGAACAAACGUCGUUGGAGUUCCGCCCCCCUUGAAACAACUGCGUGAGUUGACCGGUGCCCACACGUGAGCUCAAUGCAAUGGGAGUGGAGUUCCUCUCUUCUCUUCUGUCACACAGAGACUCACAGGUUGGGAGGGGUGAACUGCACGGGUCCCGUCUGUAAUCUACCCCAGUAAAUGGCAGGGUCCGUUCAUGAGUGGGGACAUCCCCACCGUGCACAGGGUGGCUGUUGUGUCACUGCUUGAUUGGUGUUGUAAUGGAAUUGUUUGAAAAAGGGGGGGGGUGUUGUGGGGGAGUGGUACUUAGCUACUGGCUGCUUUGACGUGGUUGGUGGUGGUGGUUGUGCUGGUAGUCUCAGUCAGUCGACCCGUGGCAUCUGGGUCUGCCCCGUGAUCUCCUGCCAGCGGGCGUUCGACACUUCACGUGGCCUCAAGGUGCACAUGGCCUGGCACAAGCGUCGUAGUGAUGCCACCGCCACUUAGUGGCGAAUGGCGGUUGUUGUUGUUGUUGGUAGUGGUGGUGGAAUGUCUCAAUUUGUCUGCCCCGUGUUGUAAUAGCCCUGGGUGUGGGCCCUGGGUGGGCCCUGGGUGUCUUACCAAAGACUUGUUCAGCCCUGGCGGAAUGACACGUGGCUCUAGUGAGAGAUGCGUCGUGUAAACCAGCACAUGAGGGGAGCGCUUUGCAAUGCGAUCAUAUGGAUAUGAGAGAGAGAGAAAGAAACAAUAAGAGUCAGAUUUAAACAAAAUAUAUAUUUUAUUUUAAUGAAAUAUAAUCCAGUAACUUUGUUCUUUAUUAAUUCAUGUAAUUAUGUUUUAAGGGGCCGAGUGACGUGCUGUAUUGGCCAGCAGGUGGAGUGUGUGAUGUAAGUGAUUGUGUGAUAAAUGCCAAGACGCGACCCCAGAAUGCAGUGGGCUCUUCUCUUGUAGCUACACCGCCGGAGACUGCGUGUCCCCAGAUGUCCCGACGUGAGCUUGAAGAGGAAGUUUCGUUUUUUCGAAAAUAAGAAAAACAAAACAGAGACUUUAAAGUUAUGGUCAGGUGUUCCAUUACAUCAUUUCAAGGUGGUUUCCUGCAGCUCAAAUGAACACUGAAGCAUUGGUACUCAUCGCCUCCUGUUUACAGCCCUGCAGAGCCACUGGUGGACAUUUCCACAUUCCUAUGGCAAGUCUCUCCAAAGCAAAAAAAAAUACUUUUGACCUCCUCACUUAAUCAACUCCGGAGAGAUGAUGAGUCGACCCCCUCCCACGGCUUGGCAUCACUAGAGUGACAACGUUAAUUUUACGAAGCUCUAAACUCCUGAGACACCCAGCAUAGGUAGCUACAAGAAAAGAGCUGCUUGUUUGUGUUUUAUUGGUGGUGAUGGUGAGCACCUUUUCCUUUAAGCCACCAGUGGCACCAGGAUCGGAGAUCGAACCGUUGGGACGACCGCUCGCAGACGACAACCCGCCCCAUGUGAUCUCGCACACCUGAAUGCUGGCAACCCCCCUGCGUCGUCUCCUCGUAGCGCCGCGAGGCCCGGCGGUGAUCGAGUGAGUGGCCUGUAAAUUAUAUCGGAGCGUUUGCGAGCUGAGAUCCCGGUUAGGGCGGCGAGUCGAGUUGACCCUCGACCUCUCCCAGGUCGAUGCUGUCACGGACACUCUCUCUUGUUUAUCUCUCCCUUUCCUCUCUCUCUCUCUGAAAGUCGAGGAGAGCGAGAAAGAGAGAGAGAGGCAAGAAUUUGCCCCCAGGGCAAUAAGUCAGAGUCACGUUCCUCAAGAUGAUGUCGCCCGUGGCUGCUGCUGUUGCUGUAAAACAUGUUUUUUGUCUACUUCUGUUUUUUAGUUUAAAAAAACAGAACGUCAGCAGACCAAUCGAUUAUUAUAUUUUGUAAUAUACAAGUACAUAUAUAUUACAACAUUAUUGAAUUAGCGGCUGUUUAAGAGUAUCGUCAAAACUCAAAUAAUAAAUUGUACAAAUUAAUUAUUAACCAUGGUUCCAACCGCCUCCUGCCUCGCCCCCCACCACCCCUUAAAGUGUGCCGCUUGUCUCGUGAUGCAACUAAAAUAAGGAAAUCACAGUGGGCAGAACUCGGUACCACCCUAAAGUGGCACAACUUUAGCGGCACCAAACUAUGAACACGGCCAACACGAUUGGAACUGCUGCUUCGUAAUCCCCUCGCCUCGCCCCCUCGUGUCAAGCGGUGAGCACGCGAGGCGCCGGUCAUGGGCCACAUCUCGACGGUGGUGGCAGUGCUGAGGAAGCGGUGCGCACCGCGCCACCGGGUGGUGCCAACGUGGACUCAGGGAGCCGCGUUCAGACUUCCUCCCCCUCCCCAACUCGCCAUGACGUGUGCCAUCAACGCCCAGCAGCAACAUAUGUCAACCCCCGUGCGGCAGUGAUGAUGCAUAGCAACUAUCCUCAACACGUGGCCGUUCCGUAGCCCGCCCGCUCGCUCGCUGGUUGUUGUUGUUGUUGUUGCUAUGGAAUGUCAUCGGUGGUUGUUGCUGAUGUUUGUUUAUCAUUAUCAUUGACCGCAACGCGAUUCUCUUAAUUCAUCUUCGGUAAAACAAACGAGACUCGCGACCGGCUAUAACCAGCAGCUGGAGCAGUAGUAACAGCUGCUGCAAUUUAUCGACCGCCGCUUUAUGAUGUGAUGAUGGGUGCGCGCUGGUCGCUUGCACACCCACGCCGGGUUUUGUGAUGAUUUGCUUUUGUUGAGUUUCUUGACUUUGGUUUUGGUUCCCGAGUCCGGCGAACGCGUGCGUGGUUCUCGGGAACUCGCCUUACCUCGCCAUCCAACCACCACCCUCACCACCACCAUCCUCACCACCCUCACCACCACCAUCCUCACCACCACCACCCUCACCACCACCACCCUCACCACACAAGGAGCGUGCUCGGGGUGGGGGCGGUUCUCCAGCCCCCCCCCCCCCGCCUAACUUUCAGGAGCGUGGAGCUAGUCCGUGUGUUUGCUCGCCAUCGUGCACACAGCCUUGCAAAUGUGAUGUUCAUUCUCGAGGGAGUGUCCGUGUAAUGUUUGUUCUUUAAAUAAAUAAUGAGCAACGUACUUUAUUGCCCCCCUUCACCCCCCCCCCCCCACAUUGGCGUCCAUAAAUGGACCUCCAUUACUUCUACCAGCCCCCCGCAACCAACACAAUUUAUAAUCCAUUGACACGUCUCGCCACCAACACCACCACCACCACCUCCACCACGCGUUGAGAUAUUCUACACCACGCCAAAGUGUUACAGGGUAAGAGCCCCCCCCCCCCAAUUUGGGGACUCAAAUGGGCCCAACCGCCCCUCCCCCCCACCGUGGAAUGUUCUUCUCCCUGGGGGAGGAGUUCAGCGGUACCCCGGGGAGCGCUCGCUCCGGCGGAUUCUCGCGCCCAGCGCAGCCAGUUUCUCGAGGAGCCGACAGCCCCGCGAGUUCCGUCCGCGGUCUCGAAUUCACCCCCCCACCAACCCCUCCACCCACCUCCACCCACCUCACCCCCUCCACCUCGCCACGACCGCUCGCAGGGACGCGAUGUCUCGCGCCGAGGUUCGGGGGUUUGCGGUCGGGAGAGUCUCGGGGUGGUUGGAAGAAUUGUCACGAGGAAGAAGAGGGGAGGCGGUAGUGGGGAGCGGUGGCGCAGUGGUUAGCGCGCUGCGCUACAAACCCUGCGACCCCGGUUCCAUUCGUGCUCGUCAGCAAAAAAAGUGGCAAUUUGGUCGAACCUUGCCUGAGCCUCGCCUAGCUCGACUCUGCCUCAAAAGAAUACCUGGUGCGAAGUAUAAACAUCGCCAUGAGGGAGACAAAGGCGGUCGGGCGUGGCGCUGCCCACCCACCCCCCAAGUGUGCUCGCUAUCGCUAACAGCACUUGCCCCAAUCAUGUGUUUAACGCUAUACGCGGGAUCUUUAUCUUUGGUGGUGGUGGUGGUUGGGUCACAGGGCCCACGAUCGAUUCGGCCUCCACUGGGGGAGCGCCACGAGUCUCGCUGUCCCUGCGUCACUCGCACGAACUCUCUCUCUCUCGCUGUCACUCACGAUCAAAUGUCAGCGGCGUUGUUGUAAUUAUUGUUAUUUAGGUUCAUAAAUCUAUACUGUGAAAGAUAAUUUCCUUUUUAACGCAUAUAUAAUAAUAUCUUUAAUAUGGAAUUUCAUAACACUUGUUAAUAAAUCAUUUUGUAUUCAAG